AACUAACUGAACGUGUGAAAUUUUAAAAAAUAACGUGUUUUGUCACAGACUUUUUAAGAACAUUUUACUUAUCUAAAAAUAGUAAAUAUGGGCCAAGAGGAUCAAGAACUUUUAAUACGAAGCGAUAAAUCGAAAACAUCUGCAGAAAGUCUUAAUAUUAAUUCUGGCUCCUUUGAGCAAUCCUCACUUAAUAAGGACUUUAAUAAAAGCUAUGGAACAGUGGUUCCUAAUACGAACGUUUCUGAUAAUUUAACUUACUCUUGGUAUAACCUUGAUGUAUUUGGAGCCAUUCAUUUGCCAGGAUCAACAUGGAAACAAAUGGCAAAUCGAAUUAAAGUAUCCAUAUGUAAAGAACGUCACAUACCCGCGCCCAGAAAGCACUUAUUGAAGAAUGUAAGUGGGGUUGCUUAUCCUGGUGAAUUGUUGGCAAUAAUGGGAAGUUCUGGAGCUGGAAAAACAACGUUGCUCAAUUCGUUGGCCUUUCGCUCUUCACAAGGUGUUCAAAUAUCAACUUCAGCCAUGCGAAUGCUAAAUGGGCAUUUGGUAGAUGCUAAAGAAAUGCAAACUCGUUGUGCUUAUGUGCAGCAGGAUGAUUUAUUCAUAGGGUCUUUAACAGCCAGAGAACACCUAAUAUUUCAUGCUAUGGUACGAAUGCCUGGAACUUUAACAUACCGCCAGAAAGUAGAGCGUGUCGAUCAGGUAAUACAAGAUCUCUCAUUAGGUAAAUGCCAAAACACUAUUAUUGGCGUACCUGGUCGUGUGAAAGGAUUGUCGGGUGGCGAACGUAAGCGCCUAGCAUUCGCGUCUGAAGCACUAACGGAUCCUCCACUGCUUAUAUGUGAUGAACCCACUUCAGGUCUUGAUUCUUUCAUGGCACACAGUGUUGUGCAGGUUUUGAAAAAGCUUUCGGAAAAAGGAAAGACUGUUAUAUUGACAAUCCAUCAACCAUCAUCAGAGUUGUUCGAACUUUUUGAUAAAAUAUUGCUUAUGGCUGAAGGAAGAGUAGCCUUUCUGGGCACUCCUUUAGAGGCAGUUGAUUUUUUUUCAUAUAUUGGCGCACAGUGUCCUGCAAACUAUAAUCCUGCAGAUUUCUAUGUCCAAAUUUUGGCAGUUGUACCCGGAAAAGAACAGGAAUCACGUGAACGUAUUGUAAAAAUUUGCGAUAACUUUGCAGUAGGAAGAGUGUCCCGUGGUAUGGAGCAGAGCUUUAAAAAAAUGGCUGCUGAAUCAAAUGGCCAACCGAUUAUUAAUGGAAAUGAUUUUACAUAUAAGGCAUCUUGUUUUAUGCAAUUUAGAGCCAUACUUUGGCGUUCCUGGAUAUCCGUUCUAAAAGAGCCUCUAUUGGUUAAAGUUCGUCUUAUACAAACAACAAUGGUAGCUGUUCUUAUAGGUCUGAUAUUUCUAGGUCAGCAAUUGACACAAGUGGGUGUAAUGAAUAUAAAUGGAGCGAUUUUUUUAUUUUUAACAAAUAUGACAUUUCAAAAUGUUUUUGCUACUAUCACGGUAUUUACAUCAGAAUUACCAGUUUUUAUGCGGGAAGCGCGAAGUCGCCUUUACAGAUGUAGUACAUAUUUUCUUGGAAAAACUAUUGCUGAGCUACCACUUUUUUUAACUGUACCAUUUGUUUUCACAUCUAUUGCUUAUCCAAUGAUAGGAUUACGUGCUGGUAUCUUUCAUUAUCUACAUGCUCUAGCAUUAGUUACUCUUGUUGCAAAUGUUUCAACUAGUUUUGGCUAUUUAAUAUCCUGUGGCAGUUCAUCAACAUCAAUGGCAUUAUCCAUCGGACCUCCAGUAAUUAUCCCAUUUCUUCUCUUUGGUGGAUUUUUUUUAAAUUCUGCUUCAGUGCCAAUAUACUUCAAAUGGUUAUCAUAUCUAUCAUGGUUUCGUUAUGCAAAUGAAGGGCUUCUAAUUAAUCAGUGGUCUGAUGUAGAAGCUGGUGAAAUUACAUGUACCUCAUCGAAUACAACUUGCCCCAGUUCUGGAAAAGUUAUAUUAGAAACACUAAACUUUUCGAUAAAUGAUUUUAUAUACGAUUAUAUGGGAUUAAUAGCGCUUAUUAUUAUAUUUAGGAUAUCUGCGUAUGCUGCUUUAAAAUUACGAACAAGACGCAAAGAAUAAAACCUACUACCUAUAAUAUUAAAAUAAACUUACAUACGAUUUAAUUACAUUAAUUCCAAAAAUUAA